AUGGCUUCCGUCGCUUCCAUCCCGGGGCCUCGACGAUGGCUGGCCGCAGCGGCGUUGACCCUUGGGCCACUGGCAGCCCUGGCGGACAAGCCAGCCGCCGCCGACUACUACGUUCACAACUUGCCUGGUGUCCCCGAAGACCAAAUUCAGGUGAAGAUGCAUGCAGGACACAUCGAAAUCAAGCCCGAAACAAACGGCAACCUCUUCUUUUGGCAUUUCCAGAAUAAACACAUCGCAAACAAGCAAAGAACAAUCAUUUGGGUCAAUGGCGGACCGGGCUGCAGCUCCGAAGACGGCGCGCUGAUGGAAAUCGGACCGUACCGAGUCAAAGAUAAGGAUACGCUCGUCGUAAAUAAUGGAUCUUGGAACGAAUUCGCCAACCUACUCUUUGUUGAUAACCCUGUCGGGACGGGAUUCAGCUAUGCCAACACCGACAGUUAUGUACACGAACUUACGGAGAUGGCGAGCCAGUUUGUCGAAUUUCUGGAAAAGUUCUUUGCCAUCUUCCCCGAGUAUAGCCACGACGAUAUUUAUAUUGCUGGAGAGUCUUAUGCUGGACAGUAUAUCCCCCACAUUGCGCGAGCGAUUCUCGAUCGAAACAAGGAUCAGUCGCAUAAAUGGAGUCUGCAAGGCAUUCUGCUUGGAAAUCCAUGGAUUUCGCCCAACGACCAGUAUGAUUCUUAUCUGAAAUUUGCCUUCGAUAGGGGCUUGGUCGACAAGGACUCGGACACAGGCAAGCAGCUCAAAGCCAUGGAGCGCACCUGUCACACCAUGCUCGCUAGCGACCCUGGCAAGGUGGGCUACCCCGAGUGUGAGGAUAUCCUGACAGAACUUCUUUCGGUGACUAGAAAAGAGGGCGGCGGAGAUCAAGAAUGUAUCAACAUGUACGAUGUCCGUCUUAGGGACUCAUACCCGAGCUGCGGCAUGAAUUGGCCUCCGGACCUGAGUGCCGUCACGCCCUACCUGCGACGCAGCGACGUUGUCAGUGCAUUGAACGUGAACCCCGAGAAAAAGUCUGGAUGGUCAGAAUGCAGCGGCGGUGUUAGCGGGGCUUUCCGUCCUAAAACCUCGAAGCCCUCGAUCGACCUUAUGCCGGGCAUCCUGUCCGAGAUUCCCGUCUUGAUCUUCUCCGGCGCUGAAGAUCUGAUCUGCAAUCAUUUCGGCACAGAAGACCUAAUUGAAAACCUGGAAUGGAACGGCGGCAAGGGUUUCGAGGUGACUCCUGGCAACUGGGCCCCUCGUCGCAACUGGACCUUUGAGGGCACAGAUGCUGGCUUCUGGCAAAACGCCCGCAACCUCACCUACGUUGUGUUCAACGACGCCUCACACAUGGUUCCAUUUGAUUACCCCCGUCGCUCACGCGACAUGCUUGACCGAUUCAUGGGCGUCGACAUUAGCAGCAUUGGCGGCGACCCCACCGACAGUCGCAUCGAUGGCGAAAAGGGUCUUGAGACUACCGUCGGCGGCUCUAUGAACCCCAAGGAGAGCGAAGCGGCCGUCAAGCAGAAGCUCAAAGAGGCCAAGUGGGCCGCCUACCAGCGCUCCGGCGAGGUCGUCCUCGUCUUUGUUGUGCUCGGCGCCCUGGGCUUCGUCUUCUUUGUCUGGCGUCAGCGCCGCAAGGGCGCGGCGUACAGCGCCAUUCGCUCCGAGGAGCCCAUGGGCUCCAGCCGUCGCGUCGGCGUCGACGACAUUGAGGCGCAGGAAGAGGGCAUCGCUCUGCAGAGCAACAUUCUGCCCACUGAUAAGUACUCGGUAGGCGACGAUAGCGAUGACGAGGGCGGCAGACCAAGCAAAGACAGCGAGAGGGGCAAGCAGGUAAGCAAGCCCCAUGAUGAAAAUUAA